AUGGCUGCUCCCGCCACCGACUCUGUUGCCAGCGUCGACGCCAACUCCCCCAGCGAGAUUGACUCCCUCAUCGCCCAGCUUGUAGCUCUUGUCGAAACCGAGCAGACCCCUGCUGCUGAGGCUCGUGACGUCGAGCUUGAAGCUCGUGCCGGCUUCACUUGCGCCUUCCUUGGUGGCAACGCCGGAUGCCAGGUCAAGUGCUUCCUUCUCAAGGGCACCGGUGGCUACUGCAACAGCAAGAAUAUCUGCACUUGCUACUAA